AUGAACCCCUUCACUAUGCUUUCGAAGAGACUCGCACGGUCAACAUUCAGAAAGUUUUCCACCUCCUCUGAAGGAAGCUAUGACUACAUCAUUGUUGGCGCAGGGUCAGCCGGUGCCACAAUUGCGCAUCGAUUGGUGAAAGAUGCAGGAGCUCGUGUGUUGCUCAUUGAAAAUGGCAGUAGUCACUACGGCCGCUGGGACUGGUGGAAGAUCAAUAUGCCAGCAGCACUCACCUAUAACUUGGCAGAUGCCAAGUACAACUGGGACUUCUACACAGUCCCUCAGCGCCACAUGGAUGGAAGACGUUUGCAUCAGCCCCGUGGUCGGGCUUUAGGGGGCUCUUCAAGUCUGAAUGCCAUGGCCUAUGUACGAGGUCAUGCGCUGGACUAUGAGCGUUGGGCCAAGGAAAUUGGAGAGGGCGGUGAAGCCUGGUCGUACCGGAGCAUUUUGCCAUACUACCGCAAGGCUCAGACUCACCAAGAGGGUGAGUCAACCUAUCGUGGAGGCUCUGGUCCAUUGGCUGUGACCCGCCGCAGAUCUCGUGCAGUUCAAGCCAUCAAUGAUGCCUUUGUCCGUGCUGGUGAGGAGGCUGGCUAUCCCAGGACAGCGGACAUGAAUGGGUUUCAACAGGAGGGUUUUGGAGCUAUGGACAUGACAGUCACGCCUGAUGGCAAAAGGGCCAGCACCUGGGAGUGCUACUUAAAGCCCCUGGUGCAUCCAAAGUCCCCAGAGGAGGAAGCUGCGGGAAAGCGGUUGAAGUUGAUCACCAAUGAGAUGGCCGUCCGACUGCUUUUCGACAAGACGAAGGUGGUCGGGGUAGAAACCAUUCCAGCACCCACUCCAAAGAAAGGUGGGGGCUUUCACAGCGAGACCUCAGGCAGAACCGAAAAGCACUUCGCCAAGACUGAAGUGAUUUUGAGUGCAGGUGCUGUUGGAUCACCGCAGUUGCUGAUGAUGAGUGGCAUUGGAAAUGCAAAGGACUUGGAAAGCCUUGGAGUGCCUGUCCUUCUGGACCAGCCAUCCGUAGGUGCCAAUUUGCAAGACCAUCUGGAGUUCUACGUGCAGUACCUAAGCAAGCUGCCCUGUUCCUUAUACCCAUGGGCCGCCACAUUCCCUGGUCUUGGUUUGCUUUCCAAAUACGCCUACAGACAGCCGUGGCGAGCCAUACACUCCGGAAUUCUUUGGAUGUUGGCAGGUCGUGGCAUGGGAUCUUCGAACCACUUUGAAGUGGGAGGAUUCAUUCGAUCGCGUGAAGGCAUGCUUCAUCCGGACCUUCAGUUUCACUUCAUUCCUGGCAUUGUGACCGGUCAGCUCGACUUUUUGCCGGAACAUGGCUACCAGGCUCAUUGCGGAACUAUGCGGCCAACUAGUCGUGGCACUGUCCAGCUUGCCACAUCCAAUAUCUUGGACGCUCCGCUGAUCGAUCCAAACUUUCUGGCUACAGAGGAAGAUCGAAUUGACAUGCGAGCUGGCUUGCGUUUGAGCAUAGAAAUAAUGGAGCAGAAGGCUUUGGAAGAGUUCAAAAAAGAAAGGCAUGCUCCACUGGAAAAUAUAAAUUUGGACAGUGAUGAGGAAGUAGAUGCCUGGAUUCGUUCAUCUAGUCAUUCGGGCUAUCAUCUCUCGUGCACAUGUGCCAUGGGAAAGGUUGUUGAUGCAGAGGGCCGGGUGAAGGGAUUGGAGAACCUGCGAAUUGCAGAUGCAUCCAUCAUGCCCUCCAUGACGAGUGGGAACCUCAAUGCGCCAACCAUCAUGAUGGCGGAGCUGAUUGCAGACAGGAUCCGUGGAGAAACUCCUCUUCCUCCUGAGGAUGCUGCUUGGUAUCAACCGCCUGAUUGGCAGACGUCGCAGCGGUGA